CAAAUCAUUAAUCACCUGUUUUAGAUAAAAUCAUAGAGAGAGAGAGAAUAGUAAAAUAAAAAAAUGGGAAGAGGGAGAAGCUCAUCGUCUUCAUCGAUAGAGAGCAGCUGCAAAAGCAACCCAUUUGGUGUGUCUUCGAGUAAUACUCGGAACCUAAGCACGGACCUAAGGCUCGGGCUCAGCUUCGGAUCAUCUUCCGGACAAUACUACAACGGUGGAGAAAACCAUGAAUAUGAUGGAGUGGGUGCGGCAGAGGAAAUGAUGAUCAUGGAAGAAGAAGAUCAAAACGAGUGUAAUAGUGUCGGAAGCUUCUACGUGAAAGUGAACAUGGAAGGAGUUCCUAUUGGAAGAAAGAUCGAUCUUUUAUCUCUUAAUGGAUAUCAUGAUUUGAUCACAACUCUUGACUACAUGUUCAAUGCCUCAAUCCUUUGGGCUGAAGAAGAAGAGAUGUGUAGUGAGAAGAGUCACGUGCUAACGUACGCAGACAAAGAAGGUGACUGGAUGAUGGUUGGAGAUGUUCCUUGGGAGAUGUUCUUGUCUAGCGUGAGAAGACUAAAGAUCUCAAGAGCUUAUCACUACUGAAUGUUUUUUUAAAAAGCAAAGGUGGAAGACUCUAGGAUUGACCAAUACAGUCAGUGGUGGAAAAAAAAAGUUGGUUUUGUCUGAAUGUAAAUCACUUGUUCGAGAUUUUUAUUCAAAUUUUGUUUCUAGUUUAAUU